CGACACUGCCGUACGGCACGCAGAUACCUGCCACCACCGAAGGACCGAAUCUCGUGCGGACAGAGACAGACUGGCCACCAGGGAUCCGAAGAUACGAGCAAGAUGGACCACGCAAAGCUUCGCUGCCUUCGGCUCUGCUGCGUGCUCACCGCCCUGGCUUCCUACCGGGAAGCCGCCGAGGGAUUUUCGGCGAGACCGUCGACCGGAAACCCCCGGGCAGCGGCAUCGCCGCCCCAUUCCUCGCCGUCUUGCCUUUUCUCGGAGAAYGGGGACGCCACCGGAGACGAGAAGGCUUCCGGUGGCAGCAAGUGGGACGAUUUCGACGUGGACGCCGUGUUCCAGCGGGCGUCCAAGAUCUCGCAGCCCACCAAGGCCGACCUGUACGGCGACGACGAGCUCGCGGGCCUCCURAGCAUGCACCGGCAGCUCCAAUCCGCAAUGGCCCCGCCGACCCCGGACCCACCGAGCGAUCCCGAGCCCGAUCUCGAGCAAACCGAGGAACCCGCGGAUCCGCUGGCGGGCGGCCUGCACGAGCUCGUCCUCCAAACCGUGGGAGACACGGGCGGGGGUCCGAGCGACGACGCGGAGGCUUCGSCGCCGCCCUCCAGCGGGGGCCUGCAGGACCUGAUCCGAAACACCGUGGCCCAGAUCGAGGAGGAAACGGCCGGGGCCGAACCCRUCGCGGAACCAGCGAGCCCGCUGGCCGACGGCCUGCACGRCCUGAUCCUCGAAACCGUAGGAGAAUUGGACGCCGGUCCGAGCGACCCCGGGGCCUCGCCACCCACGGAAAGCCUGCAGGACCUGGUCCGCGAGACCGUGGCGSAAAUCGAGGAGGAGGCGRACAAACCGCCGCCACCGGAGUGGAUCMCCGAGGGCGUGCGAGACAAGCUGUCGGAACUGACCAUUGUCGCCGUCGCCAGCGACGUCGACGGGACCAUCAUCGGGGCCGACCAAACGAUCCACCCGAGGACCGUUCGGUCCAUWAACGCGGCGCUGGAGAGCCCCGGGCUCGACUGGGUCUUUCCGGCUACGGGAAAAACCCGGUGGGGCGCCGCSAACAGCAUGGGGCCCGAGCUCGCGAGCUUUACCAGAGGCCCCGGGGUCUACAACCAGGUACGUACGUACGCACGCAUUCACGCAUACACGGAACGCCGAACACGGCCUUCGUCCCCUUGCGUGUCGCGCAACACCACCUGACGCAUCCUUGUUUUCUUCUUAGGGCCUCUACUGCUUGGGAAGGGACGGCGAGGUCGUCUUUGAGAAGAAACUCACCACACCCGCGCUCGAGGCCGCGGAACGACUCGUGGCCGACGCGGGGGCAGCGGUGGUCGCCUACGACGGGGACGAUCUGUAUACGACCGACGGGACCAAAACCGAGGUCGUCGAGCUGCACGAGAAAUGGGGAGAGCCCGCCAGCAGGGAGAUCCCGAGCCUCGUCGGUCAUUCUCCCGGCGUCCACAAGAUCUUGGUGAUGGACAACGACGCCGAGAAACUGGCCAGCGAGGUYCGCCCCGAGCUGGAAAAGGUGGCGAGGGAAACCGGAUCCGUGGUCACCCAGGCGAUUCCGACGAUGCUCGAGCUGCUCCCGGCUGGCUGCUCAAAGGCCGUGGGCGUCCAAAAGCUCUGCGAGCACCUGGGAAUCGAUCCCGGAACCCAGCUCUUGACGAUGGUACGUACCGCAGUCGUGUUUGGUUUUGUUUUCCUUCUUUCCAUGUCGUUCUCUAAAGUAUGUAUCGCUGUGCUGCAGGGGGACGCCGAAAACGAUGUGGGAAUGCUCGAGAUUUCUGCCAUUGGCGUUGCCGUCGGAAAUGCCGGMAGGGAUGCAAAGGAUGCCGCAGAUAUCAUAUUACCGAUAACAAGUACYGACGGCGGAGUAGGAAUGGCUCUAAACGAUAUUCUUGGAGUGUAAAUUACGAGUACUCAGUGCAAGUUCCAUCCUCAAAAUUGUAACAGAUGCCAUCGUGAUAGCAGUUGCCUCGCUUGAUUUCAUCUCCGACUGCAUCCAAACGGGAAGCAAGAAAACAYUUUUGCCCAAAGUUUAGCCAACAAUCAAACAAAAUAAGCAGAGCUGUGUAGUAUCUGAGAUCUUUUCGGAAAGAUAAAUUACAAGCUAAUUC